AUGUCUACACACACUCAGAGGAUGCUAAUUAUCCAACAUGCUUCUGAAGACCUUGGCUUCAAAACCUUGAGAGAAGCUGUCCUUUUACUUAAGCCUGGUGACAAAGUCCUGGUUCUUGCAAUUAUACAGCAGGCCGCAUCCUCUGCGGUUCAAAGUAGAAAAUUACAAGAUAACGAGAAGUUGAAAGACAUCAAAGAAGCAAUUAAACAGAAGCAGGAUAAAUACUCAAACUGCGCAGAGAUUGAAGGGAUUCGAAUAUUGGCUGAAGCGCGACAGGUUGAAUUCGACAUAGCAGUUGAGGCGGGGUUUCUGAAUGAGGUUGCGGCUGAAUAUGCCAAGAAAAUUGAGGCAACACGCGUGAUCCUUCCAAGGAGGUUCUCAGCCUUGCAAGGAGAGAAAAAUCUAGCGUACUCCGGUAAUAACCCUCUCAGAGAGAGAUUAUUGCACGAUAAGCGAGCAGAAUUUGUUUCCCCUGGACCUCAAUUAUCUUCGAAAAUAGCUAAUCGAGGAAAAGGUCGCCCCAACAUCCGACCACUGGCCCAGAAACUCCCAAAAAAGGUUUGUGCUAGAAGGAGUUCUGACACAAGUUCAAGCAUUCUACCUCCACGAAAGUCAAAUGGUUUCCGCCGUUUAAAAAGGGUGUCUUCCAGUAGCUCCUCUCUUCCUUCGAAGAAACAAAGGGUGGAAGAUCAGCCCUUCAUUGGCAUACAACCCGCCUUUUUGGACAGGUUGAAUGCUGAACUUGAGGUCUCAGACACAGUUAAUAGCAUCAUCAAGAAAUUCUGGCUUCAGAAGCACUCCGAGAAGUUGCAGGGUCUUGAGGACAGUCAGGUCAAGAUUGGAGCCCUUAGAAACAUGGUGAAGGCCAUGAUAUAUACCAUUGAAGACAAAAAGAGGUCUUCUAAGCUUUUGAGAAAAACUGAAGGCUUGGUUGAUGAGAAGGCGAAGCUGCUAAAAAAGGUUGGUGAACUGGAGGAUGAACUGAGUAUUCUGAAUAAUUUGAAAUACAAAAUGCAGACUAGGCUGAAUAGGCGUGACGCCAAGAUUGUUAAACUAAAGGCUAGGGUUAAGGCCCGGGAGGGUGAAACUGAGAAGGCAAAGAAUGAAGCUACUGCGGCUAUAGAAGACUUCAAGGAAACAGAAGAAUAUAGAGCUUUGAGGGAAGAGUUAUACCAUGCAGCGAUUGAUUCAAUUGCUGCAGCUCGACCUGACUACGACAUCAGCUUCUUACACUCUUCCCGCGAGGACGAGAAUGAGAACGAGGACGAACUAUCGACUGACGAAGAUCUUGAGGAUUGGAAAACGGCAGAGAACUGUUGA